AUGAAUAAUUACUUCCAACAAAAGAAAAGAACUGCCUCUCUCUCAAAUCCAAAAUCAACCAAAAAAUCAAAUGUUAUACUUAACAACUCAUUCAAUGAUCGUCGAUAACAUUUCAUUCAAUCUCUCAACCCUACCUUUGCUAAUUGUAUGUUUUUAUCAUCUCUAUUAUAGGCCUCCUUAAUGGACUUUAUCCUACUCCUAAAUAACCUACAGAAACAGCUAAACCUAUUACAUUAUCCAAGUAUUACUAUUUAUUCUAUUUAGAUUUCUCAACAACAAUCAAAGAAUACAAUAUAUUGUUGAGGAUUUCACACAAUCACAUUUACCUCGAGAAUUAUAUACCGAGGGGCCCAAAAUUAAAUUACGAGAAAGAAUUUAAGCUUUAGAAGGACCUCAAUGGACUUGUUAAAACAAACCUAAAUUAAGAAAAGAUCAAGCUCAUCAAGCUAAUUAAUAUAAUAAAAGUAUAAUAGACGAUACUGCUAAAGAUAUGUCUAUGGUCUAUUUUCCUACUUGGAAAAUUCAGUCUAAAGAUAAAUGGAAGACUGAAAAAGGUUUUCUCACCACUGUUAAUUCUAAAUCUACAGAAACUCAAUUUUAUACUGAUGUUUAUAUCGAUGGUUUCGAGGUCUUAGGAGAUAUAUCUAGAAAAUUUGAUAAAGAAGAACUUCAUCUCAAAGACUAUCGUUAUACAUUUAAAACAUCUAAUGAACCUAUCCCAUCUAUUUCUAUCAGAAAGGCUAUGUAAGAUAACAUUUACAAUCAAUUAUUUCAUACAAACUCAAACCAACCCGAUUUACUCACUAAUACCAGACACCCAAAAAUUUACAAUAAAUCUGUAAGGCAAGAAAUUCUCACCAUAUCAAAAAAAUAGAAUAAAGAUGAAUGA